UCCCUAGAGCAAAAGAAAGACGACAAGAUGGCAGACAGUGACUACAACCGACGAAAUAAACAUCCCAGGCCACUCACUGAUAAUGAGAAGAUCCGCCUGGAGGAGUUUAUUGAUUCAAUCCAUUAUUCCGCAAGAUACUCGGAUGAUGAAUACGAAUACCGUCAUGUACAACUUCCGAAGAACAUGCUGAAGGCGAUCCCGAAAGAUUAUCAUGAUCCCUCGAAAGGCACACUGAAACUAUUAUGGGAGGAAGAAUGGAGAGCUUUGGGCAUCACUCAGAGUCUUGGCUGGGAGCACUAUGAAGUUCACGAGCCAGAGCCGCACAUCCUUCUAUUCAAGAGACCGAUCAACUACGUUCCCCCGACUCAAUAG